CAGGUUUCAAACAUAGGAAUGGAAAAUUAAGAAGAUAAUUUUUUGUAAUGCUGUGUCUGUUUUCCAGAGGACUGCAUAAAUGCUCUCCCCAUACAGAAGAGAAAAAAACAGUUAUAAAUACAUCUCAGCAUUAGAAAAAACAGUAUCUGUGCUGCGUAUCUAUGCGGAUUUGACACCUCAGUAAGGAUGCAGCUGUGCUGUGACUCCGUAAACAGCUCUUGCGUAAGGAACAGCUGGUCAAACAGUAUCCGUGUGUCCAUGUAUAUCUUCAUGGCUUGCAUUAUUCUGGCCACAGUGGUUGGUAACUUGACAGUUAUCGUCUCAAUAUCACAUUUCAAGCAGCUCCAUACACCUACCAAUUUCCUGAUACUUUCUAUGGCUACAGUAGACUUUUUGCUGGGAUUCCUCAUCAUGCCUUGCAGCAUGGUGCGCUCUGUUGAGAACUGCUGGUACUUUGGGGAGCUGUUCUGCAAGAUCCACACGAGCACGGACAUUAUGUUGAGCACUGCUUCCAUCUUCCAUCUUUCCUUCAUAUCCAUCGACCGUUACUUUGCUGUGUGUGACCCCCUAAGAUACCGAUCAAAGAUAAAUAAUGGUGUUAUCCUGGUCAUGAUAUUUGUAAGUUGGAUGAUCCCUGCUGCUUUUGCUUUUGGGAUGAUCUUUCUAGACCUAAACUUGCGAGGGGCAGAAGAGAUUUAUAAUCGUGUACGUUGUGCAGGAGGAUGCUUUGUCAUGUUUAGUGAAACUUCAGGUGUUGUGGCCUCCACAGUGUCUUUUUACAUCCCUGGAUUUGUUAUGUUGUACAUCUAUAGGAAAAUAUACUGUAUAGCCAAGAGGCAGGCAAGAUCCAUUGAUGCAAUUAGCCAAAAAAAGAUGCAAUUUGAAAUGAAGCAACAUAUUUCAUUCUGCAGAGAAAGGAAAGCUGCCAAGACAUUAGGCAUAAUAAUAGGAGUGUUUCUCAUUUGCUGGAGUCCAUUCUUCUUCUUCACAGCAACCAAUCCAUUUAUGAAUUAUGUCAUACCUCCUAUUAUCAUUGAUGCUUUGGUCUGGUUUGGUUAUUUAAAUUCUACAUUUAACCCAAUUGUUUAUGCAUUUUUUUACAUGUGGUUUCGCAGGGCAUUAAAAAUUAUUCUGUUUGGAAAAGUUUUUCAACAGGACUCUUCCAGGAUUCAUUUGUUUUUAGAGUAACAUGCUCUAAUUUUGUUGGAUUCAUGGUAUUGAAUUUCCGCCUGGAGGUGGAACUUCCAGAUGUGAGAUCUGAAAAAGAAGGAAACACCUAUUUGUUCACUCAUUGACUAAAUCUGGUAAGAUUUUAGAUAAGCGACUAUUGUGCUUUCCAUCUUCUUUCAUUCCAGACUGGGAUUUGCAUGUGGUUUUGUAGUUAUAACUGUUUAUAUGCAAUGCACAGGAAAGUAAGACUGAAGUUUGAAAAAACUUCCAGCAGUUUAUAUCUCUGCUCUUAAACAUUAAGAAAUUACUCCAAUACAGCAGAUUAAUUUCUGGAACAUAGAAUCAUCAAUGUUGGAAAAGACCUUCAAGAAAAUCAAGUCCAACCAUCCACCCUACAAUGCUCAACCACUAAACCAUCUUACGCAACACCAUGUCUACGCCUUUUUUGAACAUCCCCAUUGCCUCCCUGGGCAGCCAGUUCCAAGGUUUUACCACUCUCUCUGUGAAUAAUUUUUUUCUAAUAUCCAGCCUGACUCUCCCCUGGCACAGCUCGACCCCCUUUCCUCUUGUCCUGUUGCUGGUCACCAGGGAGAAGAGGCCGACACACGCCUCACUACAGCCUCCUUUCAGGUAGUUGUAGAUGUCUUUAUAUUUGUGUUGAUUUAUUACCCUCUAGAAAGCAGAAAAGCCUUUCUGUUUGAAUGUCUAGACAUCUUUGGGUAAUAAACCCAAAGCUUUUAAGUUUUGUUCCUUCCUUUCAAGAUAUUUACAGAGGUCCAUAAACAGGUCCAUAAACAGCCAAAACAGGAUACUCCAUGGAGGGAAGAUGGGACAGUGCUGCUCCUUCUGUCUCCAUUUCAACUAGUGCUUGUCUCAUGUGAGUUUGUCACUUAAGGCUUUGCUGCUUAAUGAGAUCAAAAGCAUGAUUAAAUACAAGGAAAAAUAUUGUGUACAAAAUGAAAAGCAAUAGUGAAAAGCAAUAUUGAACCUGACAAUGCCAGAAAAUGAUGAAUGAAGGAUUUGAUGCAAUUCACUAAUUUGUAUCUUACAGAACUUUUUUUUAGCUUGGACAUACUCUUGUUUUGUCUGAUCAUAGAAUCAUAGAACUAUUCAGGCUGGAAAAGACCCUUGGGAUCACCAAGUCCAACCAUCAUCCCUACGCUAAAAAGUUUUCUCCUAAACCCUAAACCAUAUCUACCAACACCACAUCCAAACGACCCUUAAACACAUCCAGGGAUGGUGACUCCACCACCUCCCUGGGCAGCCUAUUCCAGUGUCUAACCACUCUUUCUGUGAAAAAAAAUGUUCCUAAUGUCCAGUCUAAACCUCCCCUGUUGCAGCUUGAAGCCAUUCCUUCUUGUUCUAUCAAUAAUUACCUGUGGGAAGAGACCAGCACCAACCUCUCUACAAUGACCUUUCAGGUAGUUGUAGAGACUGAUGAGGUCUCCCCUCAGCCUCUUCUUUCUCAAACUAAACAUUCCCAGCUCCUUCAAGCAUUCUUCAUAAGAUUUUUUUUCUCUAGGCCCUUCACCAGCUUUGUUGCCUUUCUCUGUACUCGCUCCAGCACUUCAAUAUCUCUCUUGAAUUGAGGUGCCCAAAAUUGGACACAAUACUCCAGGUGUGGCCUCAAUACUCCAGGUGUGGCCUGGUGCUGUGAUUUGUUUGAUGCAAUGCUGUCACAGCUGGUAUAGAAAUUUGUUAUAGAAAUGCUAUGGUUGGCCUGAAUGGAGGGUGCAUGGGGCAGGGUGUCUGUGGAAGCACCAGGAGAAGUAACACAAGAAGGGUUAUAAGAAUGGCCUGGGGUGACAGUGCUUGGCUGAGCAGGCUGUCGAGGUUACAUCUGUGUGCAGCUUUUCAGGAUAUCCAGAUUGGGACAUGAAGGACGGGCAAGUAAGUAAAAAACUAGCACAUGGUCACCAGCAGAAGACACAUAGGCUGUCAUUUUUUAAUCUAUAACCUGGCUUUCUAGAAUUGACAUAUCACCAAAUGGAAGGAAAUGUUACAUCUGAUCCUGUGACAUCUGGUUUGACUGCGGACUAGUCCUGGGAGCAUACAGAAAAGGAUUAGUAUGUGAAAAGAGACUAUGGAGAGAAACUGUUGACUGUACUGAAGCAAGAGCUAUGCUCUACCCUAAGAUGUCCUUCAUUCACAUUGCUGCAUUAAGUCCACAUCAUGUGUGUAUCUUGUCUUUCUUCUCUGUGCUCAGUAGAGCACUGAUGAACUCUACGUUGAAGAGCAUAAAAUUUGAAUGAUGCUACAUUUCCACAGAGCAACAUCAGGAUCUGAGACUGUCUCUUUUACUGUUUCAUUUUCAUCUUGUAAUUUUGCAUUCUCCAAAAUGACAUAAAAAGGAACAAGAAAUCUAUACUACAUGGGUAUAAUCCUUGUUAGUGACAUUAUGAGUACUUUAAUACUUUCUCUCACUGAAAUAAAGUAAGUUAAACAAA